AUGUCUUUUCAGAGUACCGUUCCGUCCCAGCAGCCAGAGCGCCCUGGUGCUGAUCCAUUAGCCGAACCUGAGAAGAAGAAUCUUGGCGACGACAGGGUAAAGGCCACGGAUGACCCUGCCAACGAAUAUAACACUGACCGCCAGCUGAAGGCCGAGGGUCGGCAGAUCCGCGGUAUUCGCUGGCUGAUCGUCUGCGUCGCUCUAUACGUCAGCUGCAUUCUCUAUGGUCUCGACACCACUAUCGCGGCAGAUGUACAGGGCUCCGUCAUUGAACGGUUCGGUCACGCUCAACAACUGGCGUGGGUUGGAGCGGGAUUUCCUCUCGGUUCGGUGUGCGUCAUCCUCCCUUUUGGAACUCUUUACAACACUUUCAAUAUCAAAUGGGUCUUUUUCAUCACCAUGGUCCUUUUCGAGAUCGGCUCGGCUCUUUGUGGGGCCGCUCCAACCAUGAAUACCUUGAUCGUCGGCCGCGUUGUCGCCGGAAUGGGAGGUAGCGGCAUCUACCUUGGCACCUUGAAUUACUUCUUGGCCAUGACGGUGUCAGAGGAACGCAGCUUGUACAUGGCGCUUAUUGGAAGCUGCUGGGGCGUCGGUGCCAUCCUCGGUCCUGUCGUUGGCGGAGCAUUUGCAACAUCCUCAGCCACCUGGCGCUGGGCAUUCUACAUCAAUCUUGUCAUCUUUGCCGUUUCGGCUCCCGCAUACGUCUUCUGCCUUCCCUCGAUUCAUCCUUCCAGAAGCGUUAGUGUGCGGGAACGGAUCAUCUCUCUUGACUUUGUUGGCUUCAUCCUUGGUGCUGGCGUCUGGGUAACCUUUCUCUUGGCGCUGUCGAUGGCUGGUGGCCAGUGGGAAUGGAAUGACGGAAGUACCGUGGCCACAUUUGUGGUUUUUGGAGUCACCUUGGUCGCAUAUGUCCUUCAGCAGCGCUUUGCUCUCUUCACCACCAAAGCUCGCCGUGCAUUUCCGGUGCAUUUGCUGCGCGAACGCACCCAAGUUCUCCUCUAUAUCGAGACCGCAGCCGGUAUCACGACACUCUAUGUUGCAAUGUUUUUCAUACCCGUUUAUUUCCAGUUCACGAACGGCGACAGUGCCCUAAAUGCAGCUGUGCGCUUGCUCCCUUUUGUUAUCGUCGCCAUUUCGGUGAACCUGGCAUCUGGAUACUUUCUCAACGCCAUCAAGGUGUACAUGCUGGUCUACAUCAUUAGCGGCAUCUUCUUGACGGUCGGCGGCGCCCUCCUGACCGUUUAUCUGGAUCCGCAAACGUCAACCGGAACCCUUUAUGGUUUGUGUGUGGUUACAGCCGUUGGUAGUGGCCUGGCCAUGUUGACCGGCUAUUCGAUCGCAUCGCUUACCACGAAACCGGAGUACGCUGGGGAUGCGCUGAGCAUGCAGAACGUUUCGCAACUCGGAGGUCAGGUAAUCGCACUCGCGAUUGCAGGCCAGAUCUUCCAGUCGACGGCAAAGAGAAACUUGCGAUCUGUACUAUCAGGCCAGGACUUUUCGGAGCAAGAUAUCGAGAGCGCCGUCACGGGCAUCCAGAGUAAGGUGCUGGAGCAAGUGCAUGGAACUUUGCGCGAGGAGGUCGUCUUGGCUCUCGUCAAGGCGAUGCAGAAAGUGUUCGUGCUCAUUCCUGUGGCAGGAGCCGUCAUGCUUCUGGCGGCGUUGUGUAUGAAGCGAGAAAAGCUUCUCAGGGUAGCUGCUGUAGGUGCUGCGUAG